AGCUUCCGACCGGACGGCCUUUCUGAUCGGUGCCCACGUUGAAACGGUUUACUCCUUUCGCGGAACACGAGGUUCUUCUCUACCGUAUCGCGACGCGGAGUUGCACUCUUCGAGUAUACUCUCCUAUCGAAGCGAGUUCGUUCGUUCGUCCAAUAACCCGUUCGAUAACUUAUACGUAUACAUACUUCAAGUUUGAUCAAGUGCCUCUCUUUCUACAGCAAGUAGAUCCGUACCGUGACGCCUAGUGCCUACGUUAGCCAUUCUUGCACUUUUCUAAAAGCACGAAUUCCUUCGUGAACGCCGGGGUCAGCGAGGAAAACGAAACGGUUGCCUCCAGCCACUGGGAUUAAUCACGAUCGGUGAACAAUUAAAAUUGAACCAAAGGUCAAUUAUGGUCUAUGGACAUUUACCUCGUUCAUAACGCGGCGAACGUCGUGGAUGUUGCGCGAGUUGGAAACGCGUCGACAUUCGUACACAAAAGUUUCGAGGGUAAGAUUGUUUCGAAAGUCGCGGCGAUUUCGUUUCUGCCCGACACCUUGAAUCUUCGGAGCGAAGGUGGUCGAUCGCUGUGAAGGAUUUCUCGCAACCUUGACCCACUGGGACCAAUUCGCCGUUACAAGUCGCAUCGAAUGAACAAUGCCUUGAUCGGAAGCCCUACAGAAGAGGCUACCUGUGACCAAUGAACGAACACUGUUUUAUUAUCUGGUGAGAUGGUGGAGUGGUGAUCGAACAAGUACAUAUCGAGUGUUUCCAAGAUUUUCCUAUUCCUGGUGACGUUUCUCGUGAUCGUCGAUCGAUCCUCCGUUUUGGAUAGAAUUAUUAACGACGACGCGUGGAAGAAUCAGAUGAAACUUUUGCUAUGCUCAAACAUGACUCCUGCUGCUCUUCAAGCGUGUACUCGCGAAAGUCUGCGCGGGAGGGGGUAGGUGAUAAUUGGAGGCGAACGGGAGGGGUGUUUUCGGACACCAAAAGCUGGGGCACCCUAACGAGGAGGUCCUGGAGGAGGAGGUGGGUCAUAGGAGAGAGGAAAGAAAGGAGGUGACCAUCUACCCCACAUGGACGCCACCCCCAAAGGACCCCCCGUACCCCCCACACCGGAUAUCCUGUCACCAUUAUUUAGCCGCAGAAUAUCCGACCUGAACGUAAGGGUGUCCUUAGAUGCCCUGCAUCGUCGUCAACGUUGCCGUCGAAUAUCGAGACAUCCGUUUCUUGAUGCUCCUCAUACGACGGGAGCGUCUGUCCAUCCGUCAUCGUCAUCUUACACGUGCCUCGAUGAUCUCUCUCCUAAAUUGAAACGAUCAACGAUCCUCUAUUCACACGAUUCUGAUAACAAUCAACCUGUUCGGCCACGGAAGUUGGCCAUCAUCCAGAUCAAUAGAGGAGCAUCGAUCUUAACGUCCAAGAGAACUAGCCGUUCUUGGUGUUUAUUGAUAAGGACCAUCGUCUUCGAGACGAGAACAAAGAGGACCAGGACCAACCUAGAGAAACUUAACACAUUAUUUUCAUCGACUGGAGAUAAAGCGUUUUUUACCCUGUUUUAUAUACCACGAAGAUCGAGGAGAAGCCGUAGUACGUUUCAUGCAUUUUAUACGAUAUCGAUCGCGAAACAUCGUCGAGCCGAUCAAGUACUUUUAAGAAGCGGAAUUAUUUCUGCGAAACAUAUCUACAGACUCCGUCCAAAAGCGCCUAACUUCGAGCUGCAGCCUAACAGACCACGCAAACAAUGUCGCGCAGCGCUGCCACGCGACCUAUGCAAGGUGAAGGACUGCGACGAGGACGACAAGGUCUCGGUGGCGUGUACGACAACGAAAUCGGACGCGGAAGAUAGCCGGAAGGGAUCGGCCACUGCGGCAUCGGUGUGCAAUGAGGAAGAAAACGGCGGUACACGGCGAAAGAAGAAGAAACGUCGGAAAACACGGAAGAAACAACAGCUGCAGUUGCAGCAGCUACCACCUCUGGAUGUGUCCGGUGACGGUCCAGAAGCGCACACCGUGCUGAACUUACCCUCGUCCUCGGACGAGGUCGAAGCGGUUGGUGAAUGCUCGAAAAGAGACUCGUCCAGCAGCUUGGGUGGUGCCAGUAGGCACAACACCCUUCGAGAAUCUUUGCUCACGGUGUUGGGUAAGCUGGUGAUCUGGAAGGGCACAAGAUACCGUUCAGCCACCGCAGCUUCCUCAUCGUCCUCGGCGCCACCCAAUUCACCGCCUGCUACCGAGUGUAUCGGCCGUAGCACAUCCUUUUUUACGAACGAAACGGAGAGGAGAAUUCGCGCCAAUAACCGCGAGUACAACUCACAGUUUAAUUAUGCGAACAAUUACAUCAAGACGUCCAAGUAUUCGGUUCUGACGUUCCUACCAUUAAACUUGUUCGAGCAAUUUCAGCGGCUCGCUAACUUUUACUUCCUAUGCCUGCUGGUGCUUCAGAUGAUCCCCGCUAUCUCCUCCUUGACCCCCAUCACUACCGCCAUACCCCUUAUAGGGGUGCUCAUGCUCACUGCCGUCAAAGAUGCCUACGACGAUUUUCAACGGCACAGCAGCGAUUCGCAGGUGAACAAUCGAAAAUCUCAAACACUGCGAGGAACUAGUCUACGCGAAGAGAAAUGGUCGCAAGUGCAAGUAGGUGAUGUGAUCAGAAUGGAAAAUGAUCAGUUUGUUGCAGCCGACGUCCUUCUUUUAUCUACUAGUGAGCCAAAUGGUCUUUGUUACAUUGAAACCGCGGAAUUAGAUGGGGAGACAAAUUUAAAGUGUCGGCAGUGUUUGGCUGAGACUGCUGAGAUGAUGGAUAACCAUGAAUUGGUCGGUCAAUUUGAUGGAGAGAUUGUUUGCGAGACUCCUAAUAAUCUGUUAAAUAAAUUCGAUGGUAAUCUUACGUGGAAGGGACGAAAAUACAUAUUGGACAACGAUAAAAUUAUAUUACGGGGUUGCGUGCUUAGAAACACGCAAUGGUGCUAUGGUGUGGUCAUCUUUGCAGGCAAGGAUACCAAAUUGAUGCAAAACUCAGGGAAGACAAAAUUUAAAAGGACCUCUAUAGAUAGGCUGCUGAAUCUUCUCAUCAUUGGGAUAGUGUUCUUUUUACUUUCAAUGUGUUUAUUCUGUAUGAUCGGCUGUGGUAUUUGGGAGAGUCUUGUAGGCCGUUAUUUCCAAGUGUAUCUGCCAUGGGACUCGUUGGUGCCUAGCGAGCCUAUGGGUGGUGCCACAGUGAUCGCGCUACUUGUGUUCUUCUCUUAUGCUAUCGUAUUGAACACAGUGGUGCCAAUAAGUUUGUAUGUGAGUGUCGAAGUAAUCAGAUUCGUUCAAUCGUUUUUGAUUAAUUGGGACGAAGAAAUGUAUUAUGCACCAACGAAUACACACGCUAAAGCAAGGACUACUACGUUAAACGAGGAGUUGGGGCAAAUAGAGUAUAUAUUUUCCGAUAAGACCGGAACAUUGACGCAAAACAUUAUGACAUUUAACAAGUGUUCUAUAGCAGGAAAGUGUUAUGGAGAUGUUAUCGAUGAAGUUACCGGGGAAGUCGUCGAUUUAACCGAGACGGACAAAGCCGCCCGAUCACCUACGAUGCGAUGGAAAAAUGGACAAGAAUUUGUUCAAGUUUAUACACCAAUAAGUGGUCCGAACGUACGUCUACUGGAACAGGUGGACAGGAUAUCAAAUAUAAUUCGAGAUCCAGGCGUCUAUGGCAGUCCGAUGAUUCCACAUAAACAUUCAACAACGCCAUCGUUGGAUUUCUCCUUCAACAAGGAUUAUGAGCCAGAGUUCAAGUUCUAUGAUUCUGCACUACUUGAAGCUGUAAAGCGAGACAAUGAGGAUGUUCAUAGUUUCUUUCGAUUGUUGGCACUUUGUCAUACCGUCAUGCCAGAAGAAAAAAAUGGCAGGCUGGAAUAUCAAGCACAGUCACCAGACGAGGCUGCUCUUGUAUCGGCAGCUAGAAACUUUGGUUUUGUAUUUAAAGAAAGAUCUCCAAAUAGUAUAACGAUCGAAGUUAUGGGGAAACGGGAAGUAUAUGAAUUGCUUUGCAUUCUUGACUUUAAUAACGUCAGAAAAAGAAUGUCGGUCAUUUUGAGGAAAGAUGGACAUCUUAGAUUGUAUUGCAAAGGAGCGGACAAUGUUAUUUAUGAAAGAUUGAAAAAAGGCAGCGAAGAGAUAAUGGCAAAAUCAUUGGAACAUCUUAAUAAAUUUGCGGGUGAGGGCUUGAGAACAUUGUGUCUUUCAGUCAGAGAUCUAGACGAGCAAUUUUUCAAUGAUUGGAAACAACGUCAUCAAGAAGCUGCGCUCAGUCAAGAAAACAGAGACGAUAAAUUGGAUGCUAUUUACGAGGAAAUAGAAAAGGAUAUGACCUUAUUGGGCGCUACUGCCAUUGAGGAUAAGUUACAGGAUGGUGUACCUCAAACUAUAGCCAAUUUAGGUCUUGCUGGUAUCAAGAUCUGGGUAUUAACUGGUGACAAACAAGAAACGGCUAUCAAUAUUGGUUAUUCCUGCCAGUUGUUGACAGACGAUCUUACUGACGUUUUUAUAGUAGAUGCCACUACCUAUGAUGGCGUUGAAAAUCAGUUAACACGAUAUUUGGAAACUAUCAAAACAACCUCCAGUCAUCAUAAUCGGCCAACUCUAUCCGUCGUCACAUUCAGGUGGGACAAGGAAAGCAGCGAUACUGAAUACAAUCCUAGCAGGGAUGAACAAGAUGAACACGAAAUGGAACAAGCAACUGGAUUUGCAGUAGUUAUUAAUGGUCAUUCUUUGGUUCAUGCUCUACAUCCUCAACUUGAACAACUUUUCCUUGAUGUAUCAAGCCAAUGUAAAGCUGUGAUAUGUUGUCGCGUGACACCCUUACAAAAAGCAAUGGUCGUCGAGUUAAUAAAGAAAAAUAAAAAUGCCGUAACUUUAGCGAUUGGCGAUGGAGCUAACGAUGUCUCGAUGAUAAAAACAGCUCAUAUAGGUGUUGGCAUCAGUGGUCAAGAAGGAUUGCAGGCCGUAUUAGCAUCCGAUUAUUCAAUAGGGCAGUUCAGAUUUUUGGAGAGACUGCUUCUUGUUCAUGGCAGAUGGUCGUAUUAUAGAAUGAGCAAAUUUCUUCGAUAUUUUUUUUACAAGAACUUUGCGUUUACAUUGUGCCACAUCUGGUUUGCAUUUUUCUGUGGAUUCAGUGCACAGACGGUAUUUGAUCCUAUGUACAUUUCUGUCUACAAUCUAUUUUAUACGUCAUUACCUGUAAUGGCAGUUGGUAUAUUUGAUCAAGAUGUUAACGAUAAAAAUAGUUUAAUGUAUCCGAAACUAUAUGCGCCCGGAUUACAAAAUUUACUUUUUAAUAAAAAGGAAUUUUGCUGGAGUGCAAUACAUGGUUUUUUUGCCAGUUGUGUAUUAUUUUUAGUUCCGUAUGGAACAUAUAAGGAUGGAGUAUCACCAAAGGGCUAUGUACUUUCUGAUCAUAUGUUGCUGGGAAGUGUUGUAGCCACCAUAUUAGUCAUUGUUGUGACUGUUCAAAUAGCCCUUGAUACAUCGUAUUGGACUAUUGUUAAUCAUAUUAUGGUUUGGGGCUCACUCAUUUGGUAUUUUGUUUUAGAUUAUUUCUAUAACUUCGUCAUAGGUGGUAGUUAUGUUGGCAGUCUUACAAUGGCAAUGUCUGAAGCAACAUUUUGGUUCACGGCGGUCAUUUCCUGUAUUAUAUUGGUAAUACCUGUACUCUCGUGGCGAUUUUUCUUCAUAGAUGUUAGGCCAACAUUGUCUGACAGAGUUAGACUUAAGCAGAGGUUGGCGCAACUUCGUUCUCGUCAAAGUCAAGACAUACUUCGUACACCGUCUACGAGACGAACGCGACGAUCUCUUCGUUCGGGAUACGCUUUCGCGCAUCAAGAAGGUUUUGGCAGACUCAUUACAUCCGGAAAGAUUAUGCGAAAAUUACCAAAUGGUGCAGAUUUUAAGUUUGCCAUGCCAUUUACGAACAAUACCAGCAAACAAGUUAGUGUUGCCACAACAUCACCAAAGGAUAAUGCAUCAAAAAAUUCGCACACAUUGGAUACUAUUAAUCUAUAAUCUGGACGUUAUAUUGUAAGUCUUUCCGCCGUCUACUAAAUUUCGUACGAAUUGUUUAUUAAGCUACAUAGCAGCAUCGUAUAAAAGGAUCACUCAAAUUUUGCAAACAAAUUUUUAUUUUAUCAGUCAAUAAAUUUUUUGAAUGGGAUUAUAUUAGUCCAUGAAAUUUUGUUAUGUUUACAGUCGCUUCUGAUUACACGUAACACACAGACCUUUUGUCUAAAAACAUUGCAAUAACUAAAAAUAUAUUUGCUAGCAUAUUAAAUUUAACUUUUUGUAUUGAUGCUUACAGAGAUUUAAGUAAUCGAAUUUCAUAAGACAAUAAAGUAUUAAUUGUUUGCAUAAGAAAUUUUACAUACCAACAUCUGUAGAAGAGUACUGUUUCUUUCAUCACCAAAAAUUAUUGUUAGUUAUAAAUCGUUUUAAUAAAGUGCAUUUUUUAUAAGAUCAAUUAUUAUUCUAGGCUCUUAUUCAAAUUUCUGUUCACUUAUUUUUCCAUUGCUUCUUAAUUUUCUAUUUAUUACCAGCAAAGUUUUAAUUUGAGUUUCUUUAAAUAUAAAUAGCAACAAAUAACAUUCGUUUCACGUGGUUAUUUUAUAGUACAUAAAAAAUGUUUUGGUUUUAAGUUUGGUAAUUUAAAACAAGAGCCUAGAAUAAAAUUGAUUUUAAAGUUACAGCUCAUCGAACCAUUAAUAAUGACCUUUAACCGACUUUUAAAUAGUGCACAUUAAUAAAAAUGCACAGGUUGAUUUAUGAUUAUACAUUUUUGCUUCGAAUGCGAAGAAAAGAAAAUAACAAUGUUUUAAUGGCGAUCAAAAUGUAAGAUCUGCUAUUCAUCUACUUGCUGCCUGUAACUAAUUGUUCGGUCAUUGGUUGAAAUGAAUCACUUUGCUGUUACUUGCUAACGUAUUAUUGUGAAUAGAAGUAUCAGUCUAAUAAGGUCUAUGGUAAUGGUAGACCAGUGUCAUUCUGCAUGCUACAUUUGGAAUAUGUCUAAAAAUAUACUUUCAAAUCUAGCAUUUAUGAAAACAGAUAUAGAAUUAUUGCAAAGAAUUGAAAUGUCACUUUCAAAAAUAAAUAUUCUUUAAAGAAACAUUGGCAUUAAAAUACAAUGCAAUAGUAAGGUAAAAUAUAAUUUGUAUGAUCAUGACACUCCCUGUGUACAUAUGUGUAGAGGUGUCAAAGUCAUGUAAUAUCUCUACUUGUAUUAUAUAUUGUCCUAGUAUGAACUUGGUUGCUGUAAAAACAUGUUUACAUGAUACAUUAUACAUAUACAUGUAUACAUAAGGACUAUAGUUAUGAUAAUAAUUGCCUUUAUAAAGUAAAAAUAUAAGAAACAAUUAAAAUUAUUGUAUUAUAACAUUGACUGUAAAUAUUUUAAAGAGAUAUAUAUAGAUAUAUAUAU